ACAAACUUUCAAGCACCACUAUAGGUCCCAACAGUGUUGGCUGGGUUGUAUAUUUGUCUCUGCAGUAUGCGCAGUGGACUACAGAGGGCGCAGAAGCCUUUAUACCACGCCUCAUGAAGUGCACCUAUGUAGGGAGCAAGGAGCGGUUUGGUAUUCAGCCCUACCAGCGAUUAGGAACAGGGCAGGUGAUUGAACAAACGGAAGUACCCGAGAAAACGCAGUCAGGGAUUGAGAAGGUGUGAUGGAGGCUGUUCAUGUUCCAGCCAUGCUCUCACUGUUCUCAUAAACUCCCUGCUGCUGCUGCUGCUGUGAAUGUGAAUCAACAUGGAGAUGGUUGUAGCUAAGAUCCUGUGCCUCUUUGGCAUGUUUGGCCUCAUGCUGGCUGCCAUCCUCAUCCCUGUUCGAAUGAUGCAGUCGGACCUGGACAAAGCUGUGAGGUACAGAAGAGCAGUGGCCUUCAGUAACUCGUUUGGAGGUGGUGUGUUCCUGGCCACCUGCUUCAAUGCACUUCUGCCUGCUGUUAGAGAUAAGGCAAAGAUUUAUCUUUCGUUCCCUGGCGAACUCCUGAUGAGAAUGCUAAAAAUGCUCAUUCUUCCCCUGAUCACCUCAAGUUUAAUGUCAGGCCUGUCAUCAAUGGAAUCCAAGGCUUGUUGUGAUAUGGGCUUGCUAACUGUGACCUAUUACCUGUGGACCACCUUUAUUGCUGUGGUGGUUGGCAUUGUACUGGUGGUGAUCAUCAAACCAGGCUUUGCAACUGACAUGGAGAGCACCAGGCUGGGAGGAGGUCCCGUGAUGACCUCAGCAGACGCUCUGCUCGACCUCAUCAGGAACAUGAUUCCUUCGAACCUCAUAGAGGCCACAUUUCAGCAGUACAAGACAGAUCUUGUUCCUAUUCUUAAAACACAAGACAGCAACAAGCAGCACAACUUUGUUUACCUGACGCCAGAUGACGAUCAUCCUAAAGGUCACACAGUGUUACUGGAUCUCACUCCACCUCCUGAUAUUCACUACAAGAUAUAUCCUGGAAGCAGCCACCAAAUGAACGUGCUGGGGAUUGUCAUCUUCUCAGCCAUUAUGGGGCUCCUGCUUGGCAAAAUGGGUGAGCGAGGUGCACCUUUAAUAAACGUCUGCCAGUGUAUCAAUGAGUGCGUCAUGAAGAUCAUCAAUGCGGCAGUGUGGUAUUUCCCGUUUGGGAUCAUCUUUCUGGUGGCUGCGAGGAUCCUGGACAUGAGUGACCCCUCCACACUGGGGAAGAAGCUCGGCUGGUACACGGUGACCGUUCUGACUGGACUGUUCAUCCACGGCUUCAUUCUUCUUCCACUAUUUUAUUUCCUCUUAACACGCAAGAACCCCUUCACGUACAUCAGAGGACUGCUGCAAGCUAUGGUCAUUGCCUUAGCCACUUCCUCAAGUUCUGCCACGCUGCCCAUUACCAUGAAGUGCUUGCUGGAGAACUGUCAUGUAGAAAGACAGAUCGCACGCUUUGUCUUGCCCGUGGGUGCCACCAUCAACAUGGACGGCACUGCCCUCUAUGAAGCGGUGGCAGCCAUCUUCAUCGCUCAAGUCAACGAGUAUGACCUUGAUUUUGGACAGAUGGUGACAAUAAGCAUAACGGCCACCGCUGCAAGCAUUGGUGCUGCAGGGAUCCCUCAGGCUGGCCUUGUAACCAUGGUGAUAGUGCUGACAUCUGUAGGAUUGCCACCAGAUGACGUCACACUGGUUGUAGCCAUCGACUGGAUUCUGGACCGAUUUCGAACAAUGAUUAACGUACUAGGAGACUCCCUGGCGGCUGGAAUCAUUGGGCAUUUGUGUCGGAAAAACUUCACCACUGAUAAAGGGGGAUCGGCCAGUGGAUCAUGCCAGAAUAGAGAUCAUGGCCGAAACAUGGAGAACGCCCAUUUGACUGAGGUGCCACUGCUUGCAGGAAAGGACUGUGUGUAUGAGGUGGUUGGAGACACGGUUAUUGAGCGGCCCACCGUCUACUACAACAUCUGUCAAGUUUAACCUCGCGAGUGCCUUACAACCAGCACAUUUUGGAGACAAGUCUCUACAGUUGUGACUCUACUGGUAGUUAACCGAGCAAGCAGAUCAAAAUUACAGACAAAGAACAAAAGGCCCGACUGCAUAAAUCCCGGCAUUGCACACUUUAUAAGAGUGAUGUUCCAGCAAAAAUACGCAUUGCAUGUAUUGCCUUAAAAUUGACUUCAUUUUGUGACCGUCAUUUUUGUACAUCUAAGAGUUCCAGACCUCUGUCUGUAGUAAUUACAUUACGAGCAAUUUGCA